AUGUAAUCAAUCCAAUCUUAAACAUAACCCAUUAUCCAAUAGACAAUAGCUAAAAUUGAAGAGCACUUCUUUAAAUUAGAUCAAGGUGUAUAAGUAAUUUAUUCUUCCAUAAUUUUAUAGUCUGCUUUCACAAAGAUUGAUGAAUCAUUAGAUUCAAUUCUUCUUAUCCCAUUUAAAUUUGAGAAUCCUCAACUAUAAUUCUAAUUUAAAAUACCAUAAUAUGUUCAAUUAUUUGAAUCUGAUUUUAAAUUCCCAUAGCAAAUAAUUGAAAGCAUAAGCCCUUUGAUUAAUUAAACUAUCUAAAAUAACAUUAAAAAAAAACAAAAAAAGUUAAAUCAAUCAGAAGAUUCAAAAAUAAAUAAAAAUGAAGAGGAGUAUAUAAAUAAACAAAAAAAUGUUGUGGAAGAAGCUAUUGAUUCCUCGCAACUAAAAAUUAUGCAAUAUGAAAAGCUUUUGAUAGAAGGAAAUUAAGAAAAUUAAAGUAAGAAAUAAUAGGAAGUGAUCUAACUAGAUAUAUAAUAGAAUUAAUAGAAAUAAUUAUUAAUGAUAGAUAAACAAGUUGAAAUUAAGUUAAUUGAUGAUUCUAAUUAAUAGAUUGGUUAUUGUUAAGCAAUAGUUUUUGAUAAAACAGGAUAAAUCAUGAUUUCAUGUGAUAAUGAGAAUAUUAAAAUUUGGAAUUUUGAAUAAGGAAGAUUAAAAUUAAUUAAUACAUAUUACAAACAUAAAAAGGCUGUUACAUGUUUGGUGUAUAGCAAAUUAAGAAAUAACUUUAUAUCUGGAUCUAAUGAUAAUACUAUCAUCUGUUGGCAAUAAAUGGAUCAAAAAGAUUGGAAGUGUUCAUAGCCAUUCUAAUAACAUAAUCAUUAUGUUCAUUGUUUAAUGUUAAAUCAACAAGAGGAUCACCUUAUUUCAGGAGGUCACGAUAAAUAAAUAAAAGUUUGGAAUGUAGAUUUUAUUAAGAAUGAGUUGAAAUUUUAGUACUCAUUAGAUAACCAUAGUAAUAGUAUAGAUUCAUUCAGUUUUAAUUCCUCUGAAACUGUAUUGGUAUCUUGUGGAUAUUCUCAUUUUAUCAUAUGGGAAAAAGGAGUAUAAGGAAAAUGGGAAUUUAAAUAUAAAAAAGAUGUUUCAGAAGAUGGACUUAAAGUACAUCUAAUAAAUGAUCAACAAUUUCUUUGGGUAACUUUGGGUCAGAAUGUUGAUGAUAUUUUGGUAUUUGAAAUAUAAAACGGAGUCUUUUAAUAAAAUAUUAAUAAAACUAUCAAAUUAACUAAGAAUGAUGAAUGUGAAGAUGAUUUACAUUUCCCAAUUAUUCACAAUAAAGCCUAAAAUAUAAUAUUGGUAAGGCAUAAACAUCAUAUCUAUUUGAUUAGGGAAUUAAAUGAUGACACAUUUAAAAUAAUGGCAUCAUUAAAUUGUGAAAAUCAUGAGAUUUAUGGAACUAUGACCAAUAAUGGAUAAUAUUUAGUAUUUUGGGAUAACAAAUAUGAAAAGUAUUAAUCAUAUGAGAUAAUUAAUAAAUGA